CCAGUCCCCGCUCUUCUCUCAUUGGCAGAGAAAGCCAGGAAGGGAGGGGGAUUGCGCUUCUAGCGCAGGCAAGGCGCGCUGCGCCCUUUUUCCCCUUCUGCGCAGCACGGCGCUAGAAGUAGUCGCAGCGCGCGUGCGCCCGCGGGUGCAGCUGAGCGUAGAGGAGAGCGGCGAGCGGAGACAGCAGAGAAGGCGCGCUUCAUCUCCGGGCGGCAGAGGGAGCGAGCCUUGAAGUUUUCUCACCACUAGAGCGAGAGAAGAAGGAGGAGGAGCGGGCGGCUGGGUGGGGGAGUUGCCGGCGCCUCUUCCUCCGCACCCACCUGCUGAAGCAGGAAGGGAAACGCAGAAAGGGAGAGCCAGGCGCUGCCGCCGCCAAUGCGCGAGACUCCUCAGUGAAUCAGUAUCUUGGAUCUAAACCUCCAAACCUGGUUUGUCAGAAGCCAGCUAAAGUUUCCGCUUGAGGGAGUAAAGAAAAAGGUGAUGCUCACAUUAAACCGGAGCAUGCAGUUAAUCCAGUGAAUUGUUGAAGCAUGAGGCAAAGCUCCUCUGUAACAUCCAUGUGAUGUGAACAAUCCAGGAAUGCAGUGCCCUUUUCAAGAAACUCUCUGCUGGAGAAGUGCACCUCCUUGUUGAAACAAGAAAACAGAAUUCAGGGAUUUUUUAAAAUACUGUUUGCUUGCCGUGGUGCUUUACACAGACACAAUUGCACACGUUCUUGGGGAAGACUUUUAGGGUCCACCCCCCCCCAUAUACACCACUGGCAAGAUGAUCGAUCUGAGCUUUCUUACAGAUGAAGAGCAAGAGGCAAUUCUCAAGGUGCUCCAGCGGGAUGCAGAGCUGAAGAGAGCUGAGGAGGAUAGGGUCAGGCAUUUACCUGAAAAAGUUAACGAUGACAACCAGAUAAAGAACAUGAGCGGGCAGUGGUUUUAUGAAGCCAAGUCCAAGAGGCACAGAGAGAAAAUACAUGGAGCAGACAUAAUUCGAGCAUCAAUGAGGAGGAAACCUUUGACAAUAGCAGAGCUGAGUCAAAGUAAGUUUGACAAGACAAAGAGCAGCUGGGUGAACAAUGUCAAUAAAGAAGUUUUCAUGCCAUCGGAACUGUUGGGUGCCAUAAAAGAGAUGGAGGUGGAAUCGAAAUCUAAUGAAAGUCCUAAAGUGUUCAGUGCAACUUCUAACACAUUAGAGAAGCCCCAGGAAGAUGCAAGAAAACCCACUGCCUCACCAUCUAAGCAAAGAAAAAAUCCAUUUAAUGAAUCAAGUCUACCAGAAGAUAAUGCAAAAAAUGAGCAGCCUGAACAUGGAAUGGCUGGUCCAUCAGAGGCAAUGGAGAAAGACCCACAUUCGCCUUCCGUAGAAAACCAACCCAAGGUAAACGUAACAAACCACAGCAGGGUAGAGGAGCCACAGCAGGCUCUUGUAGAACUGAGUGAGUCGCACAGACAGGCAGGAAAACCGCCUGUGCCAAAAGCUAGGAAAAACAUCCACAAGACAUCAGAUGUCAGUAUCAGCAGCGAAGAGUCCUUCCCGAAAGCAUCUAGAAGGAUCAAGCAGGUUAAUGGCCAAGGGACACCCCCAAGGGGCAUCUUGAAGCGCAGUUCAAGUUCAAGUUCCACGGAUUCUGAAGUACUCCGUCUGAACCAAAUCUUGGAGCCCUCUAAUAAAAGUGGAUUACCAACCUCUACUAUCCUUGAAGGCGUUGCAGAGAAGAGUCCUCCUCCUGGGGAAUCAGAAGGAUUCUCUCAAAACUCAUUGGAAAGGCUAAAGCAAGUCCGGUUCUCUUCCAGCAUAAGUAAGAAAAAGCGCCCACAGAGUCUUGAGUUGCACGAGGACAAGGAAUCUGGGGAGUUCAGUUUAUUAGACUCUGAUGACAUUAAGAACAAUGAGAACCGAAUGGGCAGCUUAGAUACACUUCAGAGCCAGGAAACUUUGCCAGUAAAGCCUUCUCAGGCCCAUUCUCCAGCUUUAUAUGGUAAUGUUGAGGGCAGAGGAGUACCUCAGAAAGGGGAAAUGGCUCCAGCUUCUUAUAGCGUUAGCAGCUCAGGUUUACCAUCCAGUGCCUUGCAGGCUGAGAAAAGCCCUCUUGUGGAACCUAUAAUUCCAAGUGAAUCUUCUAGCAAGAUUUUUCCCAUUGACAUGGAAGAACAAACUAAUAACGCAAAGCCUCAGUUAAAAACUAAGCAGCCGGACCUUGAGCCAGACAUCUCAAAAAGCACCACUGACCAGCAGUUGCCUAAGACAGAAGACCCUCAGGUGCCAAGCGUAGUCUCUGCUGACCUUGAACAAGGUAAGCCUGCUCUUGUUGAGGGUCAAAGUGCUAAAACCGGUUCCAAAUCUGACAAGUAUGCUGCUGAGAUCGUGAAGGCAGCGGAUGAGUCCAUAUCAAAAGUGCUAGACUGGUUUAAAAGAAGUUCCGGUACUGAUGGUAAAGAGGGACGUUCGCAAGUCCCUCAAGACAAGAGACUUGCAGAAGAAACUGAUACACCCAAGACGAGAGAGCUGGCUGCAACAACAGAAGAUAAUGGGUCAAGUACAGAUAAGUUAAAUCUGGAUUUUUCUGUACAUGAAAGAGAAGAGCCGACCAGCAAGGACCAUCGGUUCCAAGAAACUGUAAAUCUGCCUGGUAAGUUGCCACUUACAACAAAUGAAAGACAAGGCAACCUGCUACUAGGAGAUCAAAGCAGAGCAGAAGAGCUUUCAGCCUCCAGCUACCAAGAGCAGAACGUUCAUUUAAGCAAGAGAACACCUUUCCAGACUAUUGACCAGGGUGCAAACAAGGGAGAUGAAACAGCUAUGGGAAGCAAGGUUGAAUCAGAGGGUGAAAAUGCUUUUUGCAAACAACUGAAGACCAUGGAAGAUGCACAAAGAAAGGGUUUGAAAAGUAUUGAUUCUAAUUUUGGAAAAGUAACAAACGGGGGAAAUAGUACACAUGUGCGCCCUGAUGGGGAGAGAGGUAUUAAAUCUUUCUUGGAAGGAGGAAACCUCCAGCGUCGAUCUGGAGAGUCUUUUAAAGAACUUAAAGGGAAAGAAUCCGGGCUUCUAGAUAAGGAAAACACGCAACACAUCAACAGAGAGAAUCUUGUUACCUUGCAACAAGAUAAAUUCAAAGAACCACCUCUGAUUGAGGAUCAGAAGAAAGUCAAGGACAUCAGAGCUUUCUGGGAAAAAGAGAUGAUGAGCCCAAAGCUUUCAAAUAAGGAAGAUCAAUUAAAUGAUAGCACAUCAGGUAGUAACAUGAUACCAACCUGUAAAAGGGAGUACAGCAGAGUAAAACCAAUGGGUGGAUCUUCAGGAUAUGUUACUGGAGAAUCUGAUAAUGAACAAGGCAAAUAUCAUUUAGUUACCUUUAGAAAAGUUGAAUUAAGUGAGGAUGACUUGGAACCUAAAGAUGAUGACAUGAAGUUGCCUUCAGGAAAAACUAGACCAAUUUUAAUGGAUAAAUCCAAAGAGACCCAUGUUGUUGAGGGAUCUGACAAAAUACUUCCAAGUGAUGGAAAGAAUAAUGAAUUGAUGGAGCUGCUGGAUGCAAAUAAUUUGCAUCCAAGACCCAACACAGUACUUUCUAAAGAGAGUGGAGAUUUGCAAGCAGUUGGUUUUGAAAAGGAGAAAUCAUCCUAUGCUCUGCAACAGAAGCCUCACUUUAAGAUUCACUCUUUGAAGGAACAAAUAGACAAAGAGUCAAAGGCUGAGAUGCUCAAUCCUUCACAGUUUCAAAGCCUGAGAAGCUUUUGGAAUGUGGGAGUUAAGCCACAGAGCAGGACUGAUGAAGCCAAGGUGACAGUAGUUGUCCCAAGGGAUAGACAUAGUGGUACAGGAAAGUAUCUGAAAGAGUCAGAAGAGUUGGAAGAAGUCAGGGUAGGAACGAGCCAGGCAGUUCUGGAAGAUCAACAGCAAAAACCAGACCUCCAGGAACUGAGCGUGAAGGAACAAAAUGCAAAGGUUUCUCAUCAAAAUGUUCUAAAAGCAAGCAGGGCGGUUCCGAAGCAAGCAGGACAGACAAUUCACUCUCCAUCAAUGAAUACCGUGCUGUUAGGAAACUUUGAAUUUGCCCCAACCGAAGACAACUACCUGAAGGAAAAGUCUGUGCUUCCUGUGAAAGAGUACGUAGGAAAAACAGUUGUUUCAUCAAAAGUACAGCAUAGUGUGUUUACCAGUGGCUUGCAGAAACAGUUGAAAGAAGCACGUCAGGAGUCCUUGCUGGUUUAUCCGCCAACUGACGAGAAUGGGGUUCCACAGGCGGAGUUAGCAACAGAGGGGCAGAUGCCUUGCAGUGAUCAGAAUCGACAGCAGAGGGCUGUUCCUGCAGCUGCAGAUAGAAACGCUGGACCCGCCACAAAUGAGAUUGUAGAAUCUGUAAGCAGAACUUUGGUUCCACCAAAAGCUGACACUGGUGCUUUUAACGCUAGCUUAGAGGGGCUGCUAAAGGAAGCCUCAGAUGAGAGAUCUUCUCCCAGUCGUCAUAUAGUGGUGGAUGUUUCUGAACAAGCAGUUUCUCCAUCAGAAAAGAUGCGUUUUUUUAAUAAGGUGAUGGAGCGUAGUCAGGAUAGUGAUCAAAAAAAGAGCAGAGCAGAGUCUUGGGAAACACAAGGAACUAUACAAAAAUGUGUCUUAUCCAAAGAUCAGCCUGUUGAAUUUAAAAUGGACUUCGGGAAUUUGCCUGGAUUAACAGAAGAAUCAAAUUUGGUAUCCGGGAAAGCCCCUAACAGGGAAGGAGGCCAAAUGGAUCUAAACAAUAUUCCUUCUCAGGAAGAAGUUGUCCAGAUUCCUUCACCAAAAUUGAUACUGCCCGAUACUUGUCUUGUUGCUCAGAACAGAGCAAACUCUCCUGGGGAAGAAAUUUCUGAGACAGUGACAGAAUCGAAUGUUCCAUCAAAAAGACAAUGCAAUGAUUUGAAUGCCAAACUAGCCUGUUUUCUGAAAGAAUUGUCGAAAACACCUUCUGUUUCACCCACUACUCAGCAUAUUCUGACAAUGCCAUUUGACAGCAUUCCUGGAGAGGGUCAGCAGAGGACUUCUAAGCAGUUGACCAGAAAGAUAAUUCCUGUUUCACCCGAAAUGGCCAAUACUCCAAGAGAGGCUGUCAGUGAGACAGUUGAGAAAAGUGUAGAUAAAAACAAAGACAAUGGCAGGUUGCUGACUACAGAGCAAGGUGAACCAAUAGGAGAGGGAGUUGUAGCACUGCCAGAUUCAAACCAGAAAAAUAUAAGAGCUCAAAGGCACAUGGCUUCUGUUGGUGAGCAACCCAAGGAAGUAGCAGAGGCAGUAGUGAAAACAAUUAAACCAAAUCUGUUUGGACAGUCAGCAUUUAAAGACAGUUUAAACAAACUACUUAAUGAGGGCUCUCAUGUUUUGUUCAGAGACAUUGACAUUCCUAAACCAGCCCACCCUUCAUUACAGCCCCAUCAGCACGUGAGUUCAAUCUAUGAUAAAGAAGUAAUUGAAAUAAUAGAAAAGGCUGUUGGUCCCUCUAAUUCCAGGCAGGCUGAAGUCAGGUCCAGCUUCCAAAAUCUGCUCGAGAAAGAAGACUCUGUAGUCCUUCCACACAGCCAGAAUGCCAGUGGGGCAUAUACAGAGAGUGAGUCUAACCGGCCUGUAGAUUUAAUUGGCCAACAGGAAAUAGGCUGUAGUCAUGAAAUUAAUGAAACUGUAAACAAGACAGUUGUCCCAUCCAAGUUGAAGCAAAGAGAAUUUAAUUCUGGGUUACGGAAACUACUUGAAGAAGCUCCCCAGGUGCAGCCUGCUAAAAUAGGAUGUCUAGAUUCCAAAAUGAAGGAGAACCUGCAAGGUGCCCAUGGCUUAGACAGCACAACGGGCCUUCCCAAAGAAGCAAAUGGAACUGUAACAAAAUCUGUUGCCCUAGACAAAGAUGAUUCUGUAUUUAAGUCCAGCUUAACAAAGCUAAUGAGAGGAAGCUCUGAUGCUGCUUUGCACCUGUCCAAGGAAGACACCUGGAAAGUGACUGAUGACUCAACAUCUCAGUUAGCAAAGCGAAGCCCAUCUAUAAAAAUGCAAACAUCUGUUGAGAGAGUGUCUAGUGACUAUCGGACUGAGGUUAAAAUACCCCUCAAGGGGAAGACUCUCAAACAAGAUACCCAACCUGUAGACACAGAAAAGGUUUCUGGUGUCCCUGAAACAAAUGUGGUUUUCCAAAAGACUAUCCAGGUUAACCUACAAUCGACUAAAGACCCCCUUCUGGAGAAAAAGGAGGAUUCUCAGACUCUUUCCAGGGAAGAUGCGAGUGAGAAUGAAUAUGAAAGAGGGAGAGAAACUGAGGCUUCUACUUCUUCCAGUACUUACCUUGGUGGAAGUGAAAAAGUGGUUGAAGUGCGUGGAUCCCAAAGGUCAAGCACCCCACUUGCAGGAAAGGAGAGCCCUCCUAAAACAAGCCAGGUUGAACUGCUGCUUGCCACCCAUCACGGUGAUGAUGAACAAGAAGAUGAUGAAGAUGCCAGGAGUUUUGGCUCUGAUCUUUCAGAUGAAAGCCACAAUUCUUUUGUGGGGAUCCAAAGAAGUGCAACUUGUUCAGAAGAAGAUCUAAACCCUGUUAUGGAGGUUUUGAAAAGGAGUUCAAAUAGGCAAAUUCCUUCCAAAAGUCUAGAGGACAUACCAUCAGCCACAUCAAAUAAAGGAAAAGUAAACCUUCCAAAGGAAGAUUUAAUGCUUAGUGCUGAAGAUGAUCCGAAAGCAGAUCGGCCAAAUGAGAACGAACCAGGAAUUUCCACAGCACCCUCUUUCCCCGAUAGCCAGUUCUCGCAUCCGGAAAAAAUCAAGAGGAUGAGCAAAUCGGUCCCAACGUUUCUGCAGGAUGAGAGCGAUGACAGAGAGACAGAUACCGCAUCAGACAGCAGUUACCCACUUGGCAGAAUCAAGAAGAGCCCCAGUUCGCUAACCAAUCUUAGUGGCUCUUCUGGCUUGGCGUCCCUCUCUUCUGUGAGCACCAGCGUGAUGAGUAUCUACAGUGGAGAUUUUGGCAAUGUGGAUGUGAAAGGAAAUAUCCAGUUUGCCAUUGAUUAUGUGGAGCAGCUGAAGGAGCUCCAUAUUUUUAUCGCCCAGGGCAAGGACUUGGCAGUUGCAGAUGUUAAGAAGCAGCGUUCAGAUCCGUAUGUGAAGAGUUACUUGCUACCAGAGAAGUACAAACUUGGCAAAAGAAAGACAUCAGUGAAGAAGAAAACACUGAAUCCUGUCUAUAAUGAGAUAUUACGGUAUAAAGUUGACAAGGCUCUCUUGGCAUCCCAGAUGUUGAAUAUCUCUGUGUGGCACAAUGACAUUUUUGGGCGUAAUAGUUUCUUGGGUGAAGUAGAGCUUGACUUGGGAGACUGGGACUGGAAUGACAAGCAGAAGAAACAGAUGAACUGGUACCCAUUGAAGCCUAGGACUCCAUUAGCUGCUCUUGAGCUAGAGAACAGAGGGGAAAUGAAGUUAGCUCUCCAGUAUGUUCCACAACCUGUUGGGGGUAAAAAGGCUCCAGCCACUGGUGAAGUCCACAUUUGGGUGAAGGAAUGCAGUGACCUCCCAGUCCUCAGGGGCAAUAAGCUCAACUCCUUUGUUAAGUGUACCAUCCUUCCAGAUACAAGCAGGAAAAGCCGCCAGAAAACAAGAGCUGUAGCAAAGACGACAAAUCCGGUGUUCAACCAUACCAUGGUCUAUGAUGGCUUCAGGCCAGAAGAUUUGAAAGAAGCCUGUAUAGAACUCACUGUCUGGGAUCACAACAAACUAGCCAAUCAUUUCCUUGGGGGCCUCAGAAUAGGUCUUGGAACAGGUAAAAGUUAUGGUACUCCAGUAGACUGGAUGGACUCUACAUUAGAUGAAACCAGCUUAUGGGAGCGGAUGAUUGAUUCUCCAGACACAUGGGUAGAAGAUACACUCCCACUCAGGAUACUGAUGAUGGCAAAAAUGUCAAAAUAAGAUGAUGCUCUGGUUGGUUGCUUCCAGUUUGUGUGGCCCGCUGGCAUUUGAGUGGAGAAGAAGGGCCAGGCAACAAUACAUAGAUGAACUUGGGUGUCUGUGUGUGCAAACAUAUUUGUGUGUAUCUUCAUCAGAGGGCAUCUAUGUCUGCAAUACAAUUUUAAACUGUUUUGCUAAGUGCUACCUUGGUAAUAUAUGUUAUCUUCUGCCUGCCCACAGGUGCUGUUAUUAAAGUUACUCCUUAAGCUUUAUUAAAGAUUAAUUAAAACUGUAAAAUAUGUAUUUAAAAAAUUGUGUACAGUUGUUUUGUGCAGCCACCUUGAAUAGUGCAUGAAGAAAGUUGGCAAUUUCACUAGAUAAGCUAAAUUUCCACAUGCUUUCCUCUCUUCUACUGGCCCUCAGUUCCCUGAGUCAACGUGCAAAUGCACCUGCCAAUGUGGUUCUAUUUUUAUAGUUGUGAUUGUAUGCAUAUUUAAAGCUGAAUCUGUCACAUGCAUCCUAUCUUCUUUUUUUAUGGCUUUUAAUGUUCAAAUUUUGAAAAUCUGUAAUUAGUACUUGCAAAUAGGUGGAUAGUCAUGGACGCAUAGUAAAUGGUGGCAUGGUAUUCAAUCUCUUGCAUAUUAGGCUGGAACUCGACAUUGCACCUAUGUGCCACUAAAAAAACAGCCACCCCUGUGCUUUGCUACCCUCCCCCACUUCCCUCCUAUAAGGCCUCAUGUGUCUGUUUGUGACACAACUGCUGGAAGUUUCUCCUCUGCUAUUUGGCUGCUGCCUGUGAGAGUGGGGUGGACUUCAUAGCAUAAUGUCAGUCGCAUAUUGCAUAUCCCUAGACAUUACAGGGAAGACAGCAGGACAUAAUGCAAGUCUGCUGUUUUUUUGAGGGGGGAGCAGCCCCGACCUCUGCUGUAAAAGCUUACUGUAGUUCCAGCCUCCAGUACUUUCACUUUGCACACAUCGUCAGAAUGGGAGAGCUCUAAACACCUGCAGAGAUGGAAGACUUCUAAAGAUUGUUCAGCUUGCUAACAACCUUGAAAUUGCAGGGUCACUGUCCCUCCUCCUUUUGCUUUUUUCUGAAAGCAAGACCUGAUUCACUUGGCCUUGGUUCAAACAUCACUCGUCAGUCUUACCUUUUUACUAGUUUUUAUUAUUGGUAAAGCUAAAAUUAGACUUUUUUAAAAAAAAAUCUCAAUAAUUGAUUCCAAAAUGUGCUGCUGGCUUUUUUGGUGUGUCUGAUUUUUUUAUGUACUCUAGUGCCGCUAACUGGGCAAAGCAGGAAGUGAUACCUAAAAUAGAAGCAAACUCUUUUAUGCAAGGAACUGUAUUGUAAUUGAAUGUUGAAGAUAAAAACUUUAUUUGUAUACUAUUUUUAAACUCAAAAGUUCUAUUAAAAGCUACAGAUGUA